GUUUUUUGGUAGAGCCCGACACCGGAGAUCCCUUCGUCCAAAACUGUCUGCAGCCGUUCCAGUGUGACGUCAUUGCUUCCGCAACCCCCUCCAUUCCCCCCACCUCCAGUGUCGGCGGCGCUCGCCUGCUGCUGACUACACAAUCCAACAUGGAGUAAUAAGAGAUGGGGCUCCACACCGAGACCAGCGCGCAGUCUUCAGCCACGGCGAGGCGAAAAAAACAUCGAUAUAGCCAUCGGGACGAUGCACGAAGGCAGGAUUUUGGGAUUUUUAACCAGAUGCAUUGCGACCACUAGAGGAUAAAGCGGAGAGCGCGGGGAAAGAGCGAAAAUAAGCAACGCCGAAACGGAUUUGGGGGAAAACUCGUUGCCCUGGACUUGAAAAAAGGGACGAGGUGAAGAACCGAGACGACAUGAAGCCCGAACGAUGCGUGCCCGCGGAGGGAUAUUAUUAUUAUCGUAGGUGAAACGAGGUGGAAAAUGACCGAGGAAUCGCAACCAGACGAUGACAGUUACAUAGUGCGAGUGAAAGCGGUGGUGAUGACGAGGGAUGAGUCUAGCGGGGGCUGGCUGGCUCAGGAGGGUGGAGGUCUCAGUCGGGUCGGGGUUUGUAAGAUGGUCCCAGCUGACCUGGAGCUCCUGGGACGAAAUGGCUUUCUCAUCUAUGGCGAGAGACUUAAAGACAAGCAGGUAAUCCUACAGUGCUUUCUAAAGAAGGACCUGGUCUACACUAAAGCCACGCCCACCUUUCAUCAUUGGAGGGUGGACAACAGAAAAUGCGGGCUGUCGUUCCAGAGUCCCGCUGACGCCCGGGCGUUCGACCGUGGCGUGAGGAAAGCCAUUGAGGACCUCACGGAGGGAUCUACAACAUCCUCCUCCACACUGCAGAAUGAGGCUGAACUGGGUGACGAUGAUGUGUUCACGAACACCACAGACAGCUCGUCUAAUUCUUCUCAGAAGAGAGAGACAUCCAUGCAGACGCUCGCACCAAUCAGCUUCUCUGAGCCCCACCAUUGCAUUCUGGGACAUCUUUACGACCAGCACAGGCACUCUGACCGUUACUACCUGGAACAGACGGUACCCAUAUUCCCCUGUUCACGUCAUGUCAGGUUUCACGAGGAGGAUGAGGAGAUCGUUCGGAUUAACCCGCGCGAACGCUCUUGGCUAACGGGCUACGAGGACUAUCGGCACGCUACCACGGCCACGCGCGAAAAAACACUGCGAACGGAUGCCACGGACGCUUACGUUCACCUCGAUAAAAGCGAGCCACCCAAACACGACUACACUUACUCUUACCCACACAGUGGGGACGGACACCUGACCCACGGGGGCAAAACGGGCAUCGGAGGGGGAGUGGUCACAGGGCAGCCGAGGCCGCUGACGGCGAAAUGGCUGCCGCGGCGCGUGGACGAUGGAAGGGAGCGCUUGCGGUGCGUGUACUGCCAGAACAUGUUCAGUCCGGUGGAAAACGGGCGCGGGCGCUGUCAGGAAGCCCCGGACCCCGUGCAAACAUGCAUUCGGCGGGUGAGCUUCAUGUGGUGCGCGGACAGCCUGCUCUACCACUGCAUGUCGGACACCGAGGGCGACUACUCGGACCCGUGCUCGUGCGAUGCCAGCGAAGAGCGUUUUUGCCUGCGAUGGUUGGCGCUCCUGGGUCUCUCGCUGUUAGCGCCCUGCAUGUGCUGUUACUUGCCACUGCGAGCAUGCUACCGAUGCGGCGUCGCGUGUCACUGUUGUGGCGGGAAGCACAAGGCAGCGGGGUGAGGAGCGGGACGGGACACAACAGUGUGGAAUGAAUGAACUGCAUUUGUUAUUUUUUCCUUCCCGCUGUAUUUCAGAGGGUCGUCCCAUUAACGUUUCUCUUGUUUCAGUUUAACUGUACCGGACAGAGGUCUGAAUAUUUUUUUGUUUUUAUUUGUAUUGGUUUUUAAAAGAGUAACCCUCAGCUUCCAUUUAAAAAGACUACACGAUAAAUAUUCGUUUAUAUAUGAAAAGUAUAUAUAAAUAUAUGUAGAUAUAAAUAUAUAAAUCCAGGUACUUUAUAUUUUUAUGCUUCUGUGCUUUAAAGGUUUGACUUACGUUCCCGCGUCUUUGUCUGUUCGUUUUAAUCGAUUCGUAUUUUUACGUCACUGUUUGCUGUGUCUCUCCAAUCAGAGGCGUCUGUUUUAACUGUGAUACACGUCCACUAGACAAACCCAGAGUCCAAAAUAGUUGACCUGUAGGAUGGUAGAUCCCGUGUGUGUAUGUGUGAGGUGUGAUAUGAACACAUUGCUACACAAUUGUAAAGCAUUUGUGUGUCUUUUUGUCUCACAAAACAUGUCUAGAUUGCAUUAACCCCAACAAUCGAUUGCAAAAAAAAAUCAAGCAUAUUGUGGGACCAUUGAGAUGUUAUUUUUUAUGUUGGUUAUUAUCGCCAUAAUUAAAUACAGUAAACCAUUACUCUUUACUGUAAUGCACCCACAUAUUUUACCGCUAAUAAUUCAUAUUAUUCUCAAUGGCGAUUUUCUUUACUAUAAUACAGUGGUUUUAAAGUGAGUGUAACAUACACUACCAUGAAGUAUAAAAUUAUGGAUGCACCAAUAUAUUAGCCUAUAAUCGGUAUUAUUGGCAGAUAAAAGCAUGUUGACAAUGACAACAGAAUUGCAUUUUGUGAAGAUUUCACAACUUAAUACUUUGAAACAAGGAGUAAAAAGCAACAUUAUCUGUAUUUAUCUGUAUCAGUAGAUGUCUUUCUAAAGAGUAAUUUAUAGUCAUGUGUAGAUUCUACACCAUAGCUAUGGCGUAGGCUAUGCUGUAGGCUAUGCCAUAGGCUAUGCCUAGCUCUGCGUGGUCUGAUGCGCACCUCAACAAAAAUUUAACAACAUGUCCAUUCUACGCAGACCGCAAGUGCUGUGAUUGGUCCACUAGAACCCCUCCCGUCAAGUAAAAAAUUGUUGUAGCAUUUCUUCAUAAGCAUUUCUGCUUACGGUAAAAACAAAGAUGGGCCAAGUUAAGGAGUGAUUUAACUCAAACUGCAACAAGAGUCGCUGUCUAAAAUAACAAAAGGAAACCAAGGCACUCUUCUUAAUUAUAAAACCGCUUUAAUAAAGGUGCUAGUUCAUAAUAGAACUUAAAAAUACCACCAACAUGUUUCGGCCUACAUCUAGGCCUUCAUCAGGGCAAAAGGCACCAGGGCACCCCUGCUUUGUGGGUGAUUGUUUUUAAGAGUAGCUGUCUAUUUACCUCCAUCACUGCUGGUCUACUCAAAUCAAACUGCUUCUGCAUCUUUGUUUGUGGGUUUACUGGCCAAGCUGUUUCUGCUUUGGCUCCGCGGACGACAAUGCAGAAGUAUGAAAACCAAUGCAUGAAGGCUAAGGCGUAGGAAUUACGCAGAACUAUAAUGAGUCUUUAAGUAAUAAAAUAUCGGAAUCAACACAGAAAUGUUGUAUUGUUGCAUCCCUAAUAAAUAUUCAAUCAAAUAUACAUGUUUUUCACAUUACAAAUUUUUUUUAAAAUGGGGAGAUAUGCUUAAAGGUGCAAUAUGGGACUUUUAGCGGAAUCUAGUGGUAAGACUGUGAAUUGCAACCUGCAGCUCAAUCCACAGCUUACUCCUCCCUUUCGAAACGCAUAGAGAAGUUCUAAAACAUCAUCGUUUGAGAUAAAAUAGUGACAAAACGGGGUCUAUAGAGCAGUUUGCCGUUUAGGGCUACUGUAGAAACAUGACAGUGACUUCAAUGUAAGGGCACCCGUGUUGUAUAUAAAUAAAAUCGAUUCAUUCUAAGGUAAUAAAAACAAUAGUUUAUUAUUUAAGGUCUUUAUACACCAUUGAUAAUAUAGUUGUGUAUGUUAUAUUGUAUUUCCGUCAAGAGAUCCUUCAAAAAGUCCCACAUUGCACCUUUAAGUAACAGUCAUAGUAGUCAUAGUGCAGAAAGUCAUCAUGGUCCUCAAAAUAGGCUACAUUUUCUUUCAAUUUUUUUGAGUGAAAUCUGACAGUUUUUGAGAGAUAUGCCCAGUGUGUUGUUCAGAAUGCGUGUGUAUGUGUGUGUGUGUUAUCGGAUGUUUAAAACUCAAAACCAGCCUCAAAGUUGAUGUACCCGUCCUACAGGAUGAAAACAAGAUGUCUUUUCUCUGCCUUUGUCUUAAGCACAACACAACUAGUAAAACUAACAAACAAAAAACCAUCUGAACACUGUGCAAGUUGUUGUGAAGUUCUCAAAAUAUUUCCAGCGGCUGGCCUAUCGGCUUCAUCCUUCAAACAACAUCGAGCCAAUCGGUGAACUGUGAUCCUGUUUGUCAUCUGAUGUUUUAUGUUCUGUUUCUUCUCUCUCUCUCUAUCCCCCCUCCCCUAUAAGCUUCUGCAGUAGUACUAUCUAAACGGUGAGCAGAGGAGUUGUAUUUUUUAACCGGUGUCCAGGAGAAUGAGUUAUCUGUCUGUAUGCUGCUCCUGAACACAAUCUGAGAUUAAAGGAAAGUGCCUGAAUCAUUUAA